AUGUCGCGCGUGCUGGACGGCGUCAUAACGCGCGAGUCUGCUGCCGAGCUCGACGCGGCUCCCGGCACGCUUCUCGGCGGUGCCUCCUCCGCGCCGCCGCGGCAGGCCUCGCUCCUCUCCGGCAGCCUGAACCUGCUCAACACAAUCGUCGGCGGCGGCAUCCUCGCGCUGCCGUUCGCCUUUCGCUCCUCCGGGCUCGUCGCCGGCGUCCUCUCCCAGCUCGUCUUCGGAGGCAUGUCGUGGCACGGCUGCAUGCUGCUGCUGCGCGCCGCGAGGCGGGCGGAGCCGGCAAAGGCGACGUAUGAAGACCUCGCUCGCGUGGCGCUCGGGCGACCAGGCUGGCUCGCGUACCACGGUUGUGCCUUUGUCAACUGCUUUGGCUCCUGCGUCUCGUACGUCAUCGUGGCGGGCGAUCCUCCACCUCCCUUUGCUUACGCCGGCCUGUCGAUCGGUCGCCCGCCGCUGCUGCUCCUCGCCGUGGGGCUCGUCAUCUUCCCGCUCGCCUCGCUGCGAGACAUCUCUUCGCUGCGCUUCGCCUCCGGCGCCGCCAUCGCCAUCUAUGCGGUCUUUGUGACCGCCCUCCUCUGCCUGUGGGCGGACGGCCCUCCGCCGCAGCAGCCGCCCUCCGCCUUCAAGAGCAGCGUCGCCGGGUACGUGCGCGCCGUCCCGAUCUGCGCGUUCGCCUUCAUGUGCCAGACGAGUCUCUUCCCGAUCUACGGCGAGACCGACCAGCCAACCCCCUCCCGCAUGCGCAGCCUCACCGGCGCAGCCCUCUGGCCGCCGCCCUCUCGCUUUCGCUGCGCCGCCUUUGCCGCCGCUGGCUCGCUGUACGUGCUGACCGGCGUCGCGGCGUACUGCCACUUUGGAGAGGACUUGCGGGGCAACGUGCUCCUCAACCUCGCCGCGCUGCCCUCGCCCGCGAUCCGCGCGGUGCGGCUGGCCUUUGCCACCUCCAUCUGCCUGACCUACCCCUGCCUCCACUUCGCGGCCCGCUGCAGCCUCGA